AUGGUAGUUGAGAAGGCUCCUGCGGCAGUUGAUGAGGUGUCUCCUUCUGAUAUAGACGCCACGACACAUGCAUCUACAAAGCCAUCAAUUCACACUGAUGGAGCCUAUCCAGGAGGCCCUACUGACAGGUCUGUGCUCACAAGAUAUGCUGACCAUAUCACAUUUCGAAUGUCUGACGCUGAAGGUCGCAUUCCAUGGCUCGAAGUUAAAGAGGGCGUGGUGCACGAGGAGUUUUCCUUUACAAGAGGCUUGCACCUUAGGAUGUCUUGGCUGAGGGACAGGUACGACAAGUCUAGUGUUUAUAUUGAUGUUUGCUACACAUGGCUAUUUAGUAGCCUAGACACUCCAAACUGGGAUUGGGGAGUGGCAGUGUUCACUAUGUUGUACACGACACUUGGAAUCGCUUCCCAGCCUGAUUUCAAACAGCUAACUGGUUACUUGAGCCUAUUACAUUACUGGAUAUACGAGCAUUUGCCUCGCAUCUGUGAUCGGAGACUGCAUCGUGUCCCUGCGAGUGCUCCACUUGCGAGGAGAUGGAAGGGCAGGAAGGCGGUUCGUGGGGGUGUUAUGGAUUACAGAAGGAAGCUUGAUGUGUUGCCAGUAGAUGAUGUCAUCUGGACACCGUACACUAUGCAUUGUCCCCAUCGCCCAUUUGACGAUGCAAUAUUGUAUUCAUGGCAUAUGAGGUGGGAGAACCACGUGGUUAGACACCUGCCUGAGAGGUGUCUGCGACAGUUUGGUUUUGUUCAGGGCAUCCCUCGUCUAUGCGAGGAUGGUUACUUUGAGUGGUAUCGCAGUAUAUCAUACUCUCGCCUCAUACCACCAACUGCAUGGUCUUUUGAUGUUCUGGAGCCUUCUAGUGCUAGUGUUUUUGAUGCUAAUGUACGGGUUUACGUGCCACCACCUCCACUUCCUGUAGGGGACCAGGAUAGCCGCCUCCAGUUGAUUGUUGUUCUGUAG